AGACACUGGCAGCCGGAGGCAUCCUUUCAAGAAAGGAGGAGAGGAUUGAAGAAGUUAUAGCAGAAACAUCUGUUCUGGCUCCAACUGAGAUCACUUGUCGUCUCAAUCAUCCAGCACCCAGUGCAGACUGGAAAACUGAUCAUGGUUUCCGUGGUUCUUGUGGAAGCGUUAUGAAGAUGCAGGCAGCCAGUUACAUCCAACCAAGGAGGGAGGAAAUUGUUGAAGUUGUAGAAGAAACUUCUGCUCUGGUUCCAACUCAGGUCACUUGUGUCCGCAAUGAUCCAGUACCCACUAAUGGGAAAACUGAUCAUGGUUUCUAUGGUUCUAAUGCAAGUGUUAUGAAAACAGAGACACCUAGUCGCAAUAAUCCAGCAUGCGCUGCAUCUUUACUAGGCUCACGAGACACUGAUCAUAAAUGCAAUGUGCUUGUACCUUCUACUGUCAACGCUGUGCAUAGUUCUCCUUAUAAUGCGACUGCACAACAACACCUGAAUUAUAGCUCAUUUGAUAUGAAAGAAACAGCAGUUAAUAAUGUGCCAGCGCUACAAAACCUGAGCUAUAACUCAUUUGAUGCACGAGAAAGGGUUCAGUUGUCUUUUGGCACGGUUGAUCCUCAACAGGCAUUGUCAACUGGCAGACUCGGAGAAUCUGCUGCAUAUAAUUACUUCGUGGGGAUAUUUGGCGAGCAUUUCGUGAAAUGGGUCAACGAAACUAAUGACACGGGGCUUCCCUAUGAGUAUAUCGAAGUAAAGGCAACUAGAUCAGUGACAAAGGAUUGGUUCCAUAUUACCUUGAGGGAAUGGCAGUUUGCACUUGAGAAAGGUGAACUUUUUAGCAUUGCACAUGUUGUAUUAUCACCUCAUAAUGCAGUAAAAGUGACUCUUUACAGGAACCCAGCCAGACUUUGUUGUCUUGGUAAACUACAGCUAGCUCUUAUAGUACCAUAGUGACAUGUAUGGCUAAUUCAUCUUUCAGAUUUAGAUAAUAGAAUAUGAUAAAGAAAUUUUUGACUGCCUUCAUUUUGUGUAAAACAGAAGUCAGCUCUUUGGUUUAAAAGUGUUCCCAGUUAAAACAAAAGUCAGUUGCCACUA